AUGAACUGCAGCGAGAGCCAGCGGAUGCGCACCCUCCUGAACCGCCUGCUGCUGGAGCUGCAUCACCAGGGCAAUGCCAGCGGUCUGGGGGCUGCUUCCGGCCCGGGCCCGAGCCUGGGCAUGGGGGUCGUGCCUGACCCCUUCGUGGGCCGCGAGGUGACCAGCGCCAAGAGCGACAAUGCCUACCUCUACAUCCUGCUCAUCAUGAUCUUUUAUGCCUGCCUCGCGGGGGGUCUCAUCCUGGCCUACACCCGCUCUCGCAAGCUGGGGGAGGUCAAGGACGAAGCAGCCCCGGCCUGUGCUGAGCACCAGUGGGCCCCUGGAGGCGCCUGGGCCAAUGUGAAUGCUGAGACCGCCGCCGGCUCCCUGACCGAGGGCCGCCGACAGCUCCAGCUUGUUCCUGGGGGGCUGCCCUCCCUCCCCCAAGCCACUGAGGGGGUCUAG